CCAAUAUGCCUUCAUUGCAGAAUCCUUCUCGUUUGGUGUUACUGGAUCUACGAGUUUGAAGGUGUUUUUCUUAUUUCUCCUGUAUAUAUUGAAGUGUCAAGAAUUUAGAUUCCGAGUUCAUAUAUUAUACUACUUUUCCUCUCGUCCAGUAUGCGUCCCAUCAUCACCACCGCAAUAGCACUCUUCUCCACUUUCAUAGCUGCGGAAGGAAAUCGAGGCCAUGAUGUUAUUCCCGUCCUUCCGCGCAACCAUCAGAGGAAGACUUGUACUGUCCUCCCCCUUGGAAACCAGAAAGACGAUACCCCUCAAAUUCUCAAAGCAUUUUCAAACUGCAAUCAUGGCGGUACCGUUGUAUUCCCCAAAAAUCAGGUAUACUGGAUAGCAACGAGGAUGAAUCCGGUCAUUGACGAUGUGACGAUUGAUUGGCAAGGUACUUGGACUGUACGUUUGGCCUGCUUCCCCAACUGUAUGCAGAAUGUUAAUGAAUGGACAGUUGUCGGAUAAUCUCACGUACUGGCGCGAUAAUUCUUACCCCGUCGCUUUCCAAAAUCACGCUGCCGGAAUUGUUUUUACAGGAGAUCGUAUACAAAUCAGCGGGAAAGGCAGUGGUGGUAUCAAUGGGAAUGGAAAUGCCUGGUAUAAUGUCGAGAAGGCAGACACGCAGCCCCGACGCCCUAUGCCUUUUGUUUUCUGGAACGUUAGUGAAGUUUCCGUUGAGCGAUGUAUGUCUCAUCUCCCCUUUCAUAUUCUUCCUAUAAAAAGGUUAGCCAGCUAACAGAUACCUCUAAAUAUAAAGUCUCUAUAAAAGAUUCCCCUCUCUGGGCAAUAAAUAUCAUGAAUGGUACCAACAUGUUGUUCAAAGAUAUACUCGUCAACAACACCGCUGUAAAUGCACCAUAUGGAACGAAUUGGGUGCAGAAUACCGACGGUUUUGAUACGAUGGAUGCCAAAAAUAUCAAACUAACCAACUUUUACUACCAAGGAGGUGAUGAUUGCAUUGCAAUUAAACCUAGAUCUUACAAUAUUUACGCUCAAAAUGUACCUCUCCUUCCGCAAAGCCCUUUUCAAACUCAAGUACAUAACUAAUCAAGUGAAACAGGUAACAUGCCACGGCGGCAACGGCAUAGCCAUCGGUUCCCUGGGCCAAUAUGUCGAAGACUCAUCCGUGAUCAACGUCACAGUAAAAGAUGUAAACAUCAUCAGCUAUAACCUAGACAUGCACAACUCGGCAUACAUCAAAACCUGGGUGGGAGCACUAGUUCCGCAAUCCGGAUACGAAAGUGCAGGACAAGCCCAAGGCAACGGCUGGUAUUAUUCCCUUUCUUCUCCCCUUCCUUUCUUCUUCCCCUCGCCCCUAUCCCAAUCAACACCCCACUAACAAAACCAGGGGCAACGUAACCUCCCUCCUCUUCGAAAACUUCCACAUAGAAGGCGCCGCCAUCGGUGCCGCCAUCUCAGAAAACUCCGGCAACAACGGUUCUUUCACCGGUACCUCCAAAUUCUUCAUCUCAGAUGUCACAUUCCGCAAUUUUACAGGCUAUCUUACCGGUGCAAAGGGUGAUAGAACAGCGAGUAUUAGUUGUAGUAAUGUGUAUCCGUGUACUGGUAUCGCGUUUGAGGACUUUCAUGUCGCGUAUCAGCAGAAUGUCACGGCGGCGGGUGCGACGGGUACUUGUAGUAUGAUUGCUAAGGGGGGUGUGGAGGGCAUGGUUGGGAGUGGGUGUUCGUGAUUCGUGAUUUGUGAUUGUUGGGGGUGAGCGAGGGGGGAGU